AUGACGGCGAACACCACCACAACUGCAUGGUGCCCCAGCCCGAUCACGGCGGCGACAUGCUCCAUCUUGGCGACGAGCAGGUCGAGCCAAGACGAUCAUCCCGCUCUUGUCGCCGCACUCAAGUUGCCGAGACCACCAUCGCUGCCAACUUGCUCCUCCCUGGCGUGCGGCAGGCACGUGAAGGUGUGGAAGGAGGGCGCGGCCAUCGGGCGGAAGGUGUACCUGCCCUUCCACGGCUCCUACGCCGACCUCCUCGCCACGCUCGCCCGCAUGUUCCCCGACCCCGCCGGCGACAGGGCGGGUUGCCUCGGUGGUGCUGCCGGCAAGGGCGAGGGCGAGAUGGUGGUCACGUACGAGGACGCCGACGGCGACUGGAUGCUGGUCGGCGACGUGCCGUGGGACGGCCAGCAGUUUUUGCAGGCGAUCAAGGAGCUGGUGACGGACGCCAACUUCGACUGCUCCGGGACCGGCUUCUCGCUGCAGGCCAUGGACUCGUCCCACGUCGCGCUCGUCGCCCUCCUCCUCCGCUCCGAGGGCUUCGAGCACUACCGCUGCGACCGCAACCUCUCCAUGGGCAUGAACCUCGGCAACAUGGCCAAGAUGCUCCGCUGCGCCGGCAACGACGACAUCAUCACCAUCAAGGCCGACGACGGCUCCGACACCGUCACCUUCAUGUUCGAGUCGCCUAAUCAGGAUAAGAUCGCGGACUUCGAGAUGAAGCUCAUGGACAUCGACAGCGAGCACCUCGGCAUCCCCGACUCCGAGUACCAGGCCAUCGUCCGCAUGCCGUCCUCCGAGUUCUCCAGCAUCUGCAAGGACCUCAGCAGCAUCGGCGACACUGUUAUUAUCUCUGUCACCAAGGAGGGUGUCAAGUUCUCCACUGCUGGAGACAUUGGGACUGCAAACAUCGUUUGCAGGCAGAACAAUACUGUUGACAAGCCUGAGCAAUCAACCAUUAUAGAGAUGCAAGAGCCGGUGUCACUCACCUUUGCUCUGAGGUACAUGAACUCCUUCACCAAGGCAAGCCCACUGUCGGACCAAGUCACCAUCAGCCUCUCUUCUGAGCUGCCGGUGGUUGUCGAGUACAAGAUUGGAGAGAUGGGAUACAUUAGGUUCUAUCUCGCGCCCAAGAUCGAAGAGGAUGAGGAAAUGAAGGCAUGA